AAGUUUGCCAAGACGUCGACGAACCGCGUGCUCUGCAGGGCGAGAGCGUGCGUGCGUGGCGUGGCGUGGAGUGUGUGCGCGCGCCUGACUGCGUGUGUGUCUAUAUGAGAAGGCAACCGGCUCAACUGUCACUUGAGACUCAGAAGAGCCGAGGAGACUAAGUCUUCACCAUCGCUCCUCUCGUCUGCCGCCCGUUCCCCUUUCUCGGCUUUGAACGACCGAUAGCGACACGUCCCGUACAGCGUUGACGAAAUGUCUCAGACGGAUGUCACCGGGGCGCCUCGCAGGGGGAAGGUGCUCACUCUGGACACGAUGAACCCCAACAUCAAGCAGGUGGAGUACGCCGUUCGAGGGGCCAUCGUGCAACGGGCGGUGAAGAUCGAGAAGGAGCUCAGAGAGGGUGCCAAGAAACCUUUCACAGAAGUCAUUAAGGCCAACAUCGGCGACGCUCAUGCAAUGGGCCAGAAGCCGAUCACAUUUCUCAGACAGGUUCUGGCUAUGUGCGCUUAUCCUGAGCUCCUCAAGGACGACGCGUUUCCAAAGGAUGCCAAGCAACGGGCUCAGCGGAUUCUUGAGGCCUGCGGAGGUCACAGUAUAGGUGCGUACAGCGCCAGCCAGGGCAUUGAGUGCAUCCGUCAGGAUGUAUCGCGUUUCAUCGAGAAGAGAGAUGGCGGGAUCCCAUCCAAUCCGGACAACAUCUUCCUUUCCACCGGGGCCAGCGACGCCAUCGUGACCUUGCUCAAGUUGAUGGUGAGCGGCGAGGGUCGUACCCGUACGGGAGUGAUGAUCUCCAUCCCGCAGUAUCCGCUGUACUCGGCCGCCAUCGCCGACUUGGGCGCCGUGCAGGUUAGUUACUACUUGGAUGAGGACAAGUGUUGGAGCCUGGAUGUGGCGGAGUUGCGAAGGGCCCUCCGAGCGGCGAGGGAGCACUGCCAUCCCCGCGUGCUCUGCAUCAUCAACCCCGGAAAUCCCACCGGUCAGGUCCAGAGCAGGCAGUGCAUUGAAGACGUGAUCCGCUUUGCAAAAGAGGAGGGCCUCUUCCUCAUGGCUGAUGAAGUCUACCAGGACAACGUGUAUGCGGAAGGCUGCAAGUUUCACUCCUUUAAGAAGGUGCUCUUUGAGAUGGGACCAGAGUACUCGAGUACUGUAGAGUUGGCCUCCUUCCACUCCACCUCGAAAUGCUACAUGGGAGAGUGCGGAUUCCGUGGAGGCUAUAUGGAGAUAGUUAACAUGGACCCGGCGGUGAAAGCCCAACUUGUCAAGCUGGUGUCGGUGCGCUUAUGCCCCCCCGUCCCCGGGCAGGCCCUCCUGGACUUGGUGGUGAAUCCCCCUCAGCCUGAUGAGCCCUCCUACAGCAGCUUCAUGAAGGAACGUACUGCGGUGCUGGACGCCUUGGCAAAGAAGGCCAGGAUGACCGAGCAGAUUUUCAACAAGGUGCCCGGUAUCACGUGUAACCCCGUGCAGGGCGCCAUGUACACUUUCCCCCGCAUCACUCUGCCGCCGAAGGCCAUCGACAAGGCGAAGGAGGAAGGCCAAGUGCCUGACAUGUUUUACUGCAUGAGGCUGCUGGAAGAGGAGGGCAUCUGUCUGGUGCCAGGUAGCGGCUUCGGGCAAAGAGAGGGAACGUUCCAUUUCAGGAUGACCAUCCUACCCCCGGCUGAGAAAUUAGAGAUUGUCCUGCAUAAGAUCAGCGCCUUCCACCAGCGCUUCACGAAAGAGUUUUCUUAAGUCUUCCACUUUGAACCGUUCCAAGUAGCAACCUUCUCUCAAGUGCCUUUAUCCUAACAAGUGCAGCCAUUCUACGUCGCUUAGUUUUUAGAAUAGCACGCGUACACCAAUUUUAUGAUGCAUGAUGCACUUUGCUACGCCAGAUAAUCGUGCUAACUCUUCGCCGUCCCAAAAAGAAAUGCUGCUGUCCUAUCGAGUAGCGCUCCGCGCAAACUCAUGCCUGCCAUUCGUGGUGCCAACUGAAAUGUAAGAAGCGCUUUGAAAACGCCAUUAAACGCUUGCAUUUGUAA